GAGAGAGAGAGAGAGAGAGAGAGAGAGAGAGAGAGAGAGAGAGAGAGAGAGAGAGAGAAUUAAGAGGGGGGCGAUAACUUAUCGAAAAUGAAUUCAGGCGAUUCGUCACCGAGCACCUUUCUUAUGUCUCAUCCUAGAAAAUGGCGGGAGUCUGCCAGAGGUCCGAUUAUCGUGGCGACGGUGAUCGUUAGCUGUGUGACCCUCGGCUUCGCAGUUGUAUUUCCAGGCAUCAAGGAAGCGGGUCCUAAGGACAUUUUGUUCCUAGCUGAGGCGGCUUGCAGCGGGGCGGCAAUUGUUCUGCUGGUGAUUGUCUAUCAGGUCGAUCCGGGCGUGAUUAGGCCGAAGAGCGUGAAAGAUGAAGAGGUGACCAAGGCAGAGCAUGGACAGACUGCUAAUCUGUCUAAGGAUGAGAAAGGACAGUGGUGUAGGAAACGCACGCUAGCAGACGGGAAAGUGGAAAUCUAUGAACGAUAUUGUGGCACGUGUCAUAUUUGGCGACCACCACGUGCUUCGCAUUGCAACGUUUGUGGGUAUUGUAUGCAGCGGUUUGAUCAUCAUUGCACGGCGCUAGGCACAUGUAUAGCAAGGAAGAAUCAUAGGUUUUUCGUGGCUUUCCUAGUCUCUGUUUCUCUAGGCGCUCUGUUCCUGUUAACAGGAGCGAUUUUCUCGUUGAAAGACAUUGAAUGGGGAACAGUGCGGGCGUGGAGAGACUGGCACAUGUACGUUAUCAUCAUUUUGGCCCUCGUGUACUUGUACGUCAGCCUUAUUGCUUGGUUCGCGGCGGCGCACAUCUUUCUUCUCUUGUGCGACUUGACUACGAAGCAAUAUUUGAAGUCCGAUCCGGAGGCCGUUUUCCUUACAGGACGCCCGGAUUGCCAAAGAUUCUUCGGAAAUCUGCGGAGCGUGUGCUGCGCCAAUAUUAAAUGGAAGUACUUAUCAGGUAAACCCGUCUUCACUGAUCCUUCUGUAUCCGUUGGGAAUGCGGUUGCUCCUGCGCCUCCCGUGUGAACAUACGCUUCUGUUGCUACACAUCGGAGUCAUUAAAACUCAGAGACGGAUCAAAGGAGAGAGAACCAGAAAGAAUGUUUGUGUCUGUGUGUUUGUGUGCGUGUGUUAGUGUGUGUGCGAGAGAGAGAGAGAGAGAGAGAGAGAGAGAGAGAGAGAGAGAGAGAAGAGAGAUCCGUUGGGAAUGCGGUUGCUCCUGCGCCUCCCGUGUGAACACGCGUCUGUCGCUACACAUCGGAGUCAUGAAAACUCAGAGAUGGAUUAAAGGAGAGAGAACCAUAAAGAAUGUGUGUGUGUGUGUCAGAGAGAGAGAGAGAGAGAGAGAGAGAGAGAGAGAGAGAGAGAGAGAGAGAGAGAGGUGCGGCUGAAUUAGGGUGAAAGGUGUAUUUGUUUUGUUUGUGAACGAAGCUGUGGUUUGAUGUGCAAUAAUAUGCGCUAAGCGAUCGAGCUCUCAGAGGGGUUGAUCUUUGACGGAGUUCUUGGCUGGUGCCCUGGAUGCCAAGGAGGGAGGGAGGGAGGAGGGAGGAAAAGGAGCAACGAGGCAUGCAACGGAAGUAUGCAUGCGAAUUUUUGCGUAGUGCAAGAGUGCGCAUGCGUGCGAGAGUAGAACUUCAUCUGCGCCGAGGGUUUUCAUUUUUAGGUCGCGCUCUCUCAGUUUCUCAAUUAAGUAAUUCGUUCUCCUCACCGGUGAUCGUUGUAAGGCGGGUUUUCGUUCGACAAGCAGGGAGGAUGGUGAUCGGACUGAUGAUCGAAAGCAGCUGUCAUCAAAUUUUAGAUGCAAUUUGAACAAGCGGUACGGUGAACAAGAGGGAGGGAGACAUGGGUGCGGCUGCGGCUGUGAGUUUUGUCGGUCGGAGAGAGGUGGGCGGUGUGUGUGGAUAUGAGGUCGAAGACGAACACAGCCUGACGAGGGUUUUGUUAUGACUGAGAGAGGGCGAGGUGGGCGGUGUGUGGAUAUGAGGUCGAAGACGAACACAGCGAGCGUGAUGAGGGUUUUGUUAUGACUGAGAGAGGGCGGGUAUUGAGCGUGUACAGUACUUUCCGUAGACGAUUAGGGGGUGUUGUGCUAUUGCGUGCUACCGGCCGGUGGAGGUGAUAUAGGGCCUCGCUGAACUGCUCAUCAUCAAAUGCGCAAAAGACGAGAAAUAUGAUGAUGAUAAUGGUCUGUCCAUGUUUAUGUGUUCUAGGGGACAGAUUCGUUCUCAUUUUGCACAUUUGGCGGGUAGCGGCGAGAGGGCCAUAUUUUACCGAGUGAAACAUCCCUCUUCCUUAUCUCUAGUACGAAAGAAGGGAGGGAGAAGUAUGCUGCUGUGCACAUCGUGGACGUGAAAAACGUGUAUAUAGAGACGUCAUUCUCUGAAUAGAGUGAGGAAAUAACGUUUUUUUUUUUUGCAAACGUGGCAGUCGGGCCAUGGCCUUUCUUCGCAGUCUCUCUCUUUUUUUGGCAUCAUCGUCAUUCUCUGAAUGCGGCCUUGGACCUGGAUCCACUACUACUCUCGACAUGCGCAAACGACAAAAAAUAAAAAUACGGCAGUGUAUCUGUCCGGGUUUUAGUGAAGGAUUCAGUCUCAGUUUUGCUCAUUUCCAGA